AUGGCGCAGGCUGCUUUCGACCUCCCCACCUGCGACGAUGCACUGGCCAGUCGCGGCCUUUACAAGGCAGCGGGGAACAUCUUUUGGAUGAACGUGCGGCGUAUGAGUAAUGCUUCGGUCCCAGUUUACAAGUCCAACAUCACGAAGCUCAUGACGGCUUUCUUCAGUACACCUGAUUGCUUCCCCUACGAUGUGCACGUGGCCUUGGAUUUGAAGGCCAAAGGCGACGACAUCCUGCGCAACCGGGGGUCCCUCCACCGGCUUUCGUGCGAGGAGGUUGAGAUGGCCUACGUCAUGAAGGUGGCUGAAAGAAUCAGGGCUGGUGCCGAGAAUGCCGAGCUGAGGCUCUGGCGCCGCGUCGCGCUCACGGCGACCAUGGUCUUCAGACGUGUCCCCGCAGCGUCCAGGUACAUGCUGUCGGUGAAUCUCCGCCGCCUUUUCUUCGUAGGGUACGAGGCGCUCACGCGCAGCACCCUAGCCCAGAUGCUGCAGAUCUUGGACUUCAAAAUCGAGCGGGAGAAGUCGCACCCCACGCAGUCGUGUGUUGAAGUCGCGCAGUCAUGGAACUCGCACUUGCGAGACAUCGACAGCAACGUGGAGGAGACAGUGUCACCGAACUUCGUUGCGGCGGCGAUCCGGGUGUUCAACAAGAUGCUCCGCAGUCCAAGGUUGAUGGAGCUCCUCGUCGCAGAGGAGAACGAGCGGGGAAAGGCGUCCCUCUUCAACAACUCCAGCACCCUAGAUGCUUUCGCUAAGGCCGCCAAGGACGAGGAAUCCAGCUACUGGCUUGUGAAGACGGUGUUGUACCGGCUAGCUUUGGGGGACUCGCCCAAAGACUACGGCCUCAAGAAUCUGACAGGAAAAGGGACCGGUGCCAAGGGUGAUCUGCAGCUUUGGUUGAUGAAGCUGGACCUGCAGCGCUACUUCGAGAAGUGGAUGUCAUCGGAGCCAUCACUGCGGAAGGAGGACAUCAAGGCGGUCACGGACAUCGACACGCACGACAAGUUCAUGCUGCGGUGCGGGCCGGAGGCCAACAUUUCUUGGCAGGGCACGCUAUCCAAAGCUGGACGCCUGCUCCUCCAGUUUAAGGAUCACGUCAUUUUUGGAAGCCGGGUCGACGGGACUCUCAAACAGCUGCUCAAGGCCCACUCGGACGCAGCAAGCCUCUGCUCGAGCGGCGUGCUCAAGGAGCUUCUUGAUGAAAUCAUCUCCGUCGCCAAGAGCGAAGUGCCGGAGCACCAGGUGAGAGCAGAGCGGGCACAGAUGGAGGCCAUGGCGGAGAAGGACGCCGAGCAGCAGCAGCUGGAGAGCAGCGUCAAGGAGUUCGCCACGAUUUUCAAUGUGGACAGCACGGUCAAGUUUGCAGAUGACGAGUCCAGGGACCUGUACGACUACAAGAAGCUGGCGGAGAAGAAGGUGGAUCAGUUCUUCAAGGCCAUCCCGGAGCAAGCCAACGCGAAGGACCUGCAGAAGGCGCUCGAGGGCACGGUCGCCAGGGACUCGGAUGGUGUGGGGGCCGGCUCCACAAUCUGUCUGUGGUACGACUCCAAGUGCGCGGGCGAGGCAUCCAGCCAACCGCAUUGCCGAGUCCCAAAGUUCCGCCAGAGCCACUUCCGCACCUUCCUUCAGGGCUGCCUGGGCGUGCGAAAGCUGACAAACCUGGAUCCCAGAAUGAUAGUCUGCCUCUCCGACGGAUUUAGGCCUGGAUUGGAGAACAGCGCCACAACGGCGUUCGUCUUGGAAGACGGGACCUCCGUGUCAAAGCAUCGAACCCUCUUCCACAACAUCUACGAUGCUGCCUCCCUCUCAGCCAGGAAGACGGUCGUCCGCGGCGUCAUCCAGAACGUUGAGGGACUCCAUGUGUUCUCCGAUGCACCAACGCCGCCAGUUGGGGAGGGCAGUCGAGCCCACUACACCGGGGACUGCUCGUCCAGUGGAAUUGGGCCGAUCAAGGUGCCCGGCUAUGACACCGAGGAGUGCUGGAGGCCGGACCCGAAGCUGAAGGCCAAGUUUCUCGGGAGCGGUGGCAAGGUUCUCGUGUCGGGACCCGGGCCGGCUGAGCCUGGCCCAGCUUUCGCGGACAAGUGCAUGCCCCUCAACUUCUACACCAUGCCGCGACUCUACUACCGCGAGAUCCUUCACAGCUUUCGAGUUGGCAGGGUGAUCUGUGGCACGGAACUGGAUGGAAACUUCCCCCUGGAGUGCAUCCUUCAUCAGGUGCCCGUUGUCGCCGUCUGCCUCACAACGGACCUAGCAGUGGACCUCCGGUCUCACCUCAUCAACAUGAUCAUGAAGGAGAUGGCCAAGCCGAAGAGCAGUGCCUACCAGUCGGGCCGUGGUGGCAAGGGAGGCCGCCGCGGUGGCCGCGGAAAAGGUUCCGAGGCUGAGCCAGUGGAUGGAGCUACGGGGAGCGAGGAGAAGGGGAGCAGAAAGCGUCUUCGGGGAGCUCAGAACCUGGACAUUCUGAAGAAGAUCAAGCUUCUCCAGGGUCGCAAGGGCAAGGGCAAGGGCCAGGAGGAGACUGGCAACGUGGAUGGGCAGGUGGAUGCUGAGAGUAUCGACUCGCAGGACGACUAG